AUGUUACGGUUCAACUAUUGUCGACGCAGUGCCUUCCAGAUUUUUUUUUUUUUUUUUUUUUACAUAUUAAUACUGCGGAUAUUUCACCGUCUUGCAUUUGGCUGUAUGCUGAAUUUUUUUUCUGGUUUAAAAAGGUUCCUAGCUUCAAACGUUACAUCCAUCCAUUUUCUGAGCUGGAUUUCACCUUUUGCACAGACAGACAAGUGUCUAACUCACCGCAAUAAACGAACAAUUACUAUAUUUGUUUUUAUGAACCUGAAUGUCAAAUUGUUGCCAGGCAGAAUUCAGAAGGUUCAAGGGAAGGAAAUAUCCAGCAAUUUGUUUUUACCAUUCAGGAAACAUGUGGGCUCCCGCUCACCCGUUACCCUAAUGAGGACCUGAAAGGUUCAUCCAUCCAUUUUCUUCACCGCUUAUCCUCACGAGGGUCACGGGAGUGCCGGAGCCGAUCCCAGCUGCCAACUGGCAGGAGGCGGGGUACACCCUGACCUGGUUGCCAGCCAAUUGCAGGGCACGUCGAGACAAACGACCGAUCACACCGGGGGGCAAUUUAGAGUGUCCAAUUAAUGUUGCAUGUUUUUUGGGAUGCGGGAAGAAAAACGGAGUGCCCGGAGGAAACCCACGCAGGCACGGGGGGAACCUGCGUACUCCACACAGUCUGGGAUUGAACCCGUGUCCUCAGAACUGUGAGGCCAACGCUUUUCCAGCUGAUCCACCGUGCUAAAAGAUGUUUCCGUGGUCAGCCGUAUUCUCCCUCGAGCCCAAAGUGCCAGGCCAGCGCACCAGCGAAGAGUUGGUCACCAACACGCUGAUGCUGGAGCUGGGCGCCACGGUGAAGCGGACCGAGCGCAUGCGCCUGGAGCGGGCCGCCGAGGGCCAGCGCCGUCGCCGGAGCGGCAGUUGUAGUUCCUCUUCCGCGGCAAACUACGGCUGGUUGGCCAACGUGCCCAGCCAGCAACCCUACCAGCUGACGCCCAACGACCUGCUGGAGCUGCAGGAGCUCUGCGCCAAGGUGCCGCCCGCCCGGUGCGGUCCCGUCAUUGUCAGGUUCAGGAGGCUGGUGUCUCAGAUGGAACCGGAGGUCUACGAGGUCCCGCGUCUGUUCCGCUCGGUGCUCCACGACUGCCUGGAGGAGGUCACGGGCGGCGCCGUGGAACACAACGCGCCGACGAAGCAGCAGCGGAGCAAGAGCCUCUCGUUGGUCACGUUCCGCAGCAAGUUCCAAACGGGCUACUUCUUCGGGGGGAGCGGGCCCAGGGGGUCCCGGGGCGACCUGCAGCAGCAGGUGGAUUGGUCCGACGAGGAGGGGAGGGAGGACGACGACGACGACGACGGAAGGGAAAGAGAGGAGGAGGCCAUCAGGGCCUGCGUCAGGAAAGGAAGGAGCAGGAGCAUGCCGGAGAUCGCGCCUUUGGAACAGAGCGCCCACGGGUGAAAGAGAGGAUGACGACGAGGAAGGAGAAGGAGAAGCGCCACAAGAUUUUAGAGUGUAAAAAUCAACUCUAGACAUUUGCAAAAACAAAUAAAACAUUGAUUAAAGGCUGCAGGUUUUACAUUUGAUAGUAUUAAAUGUUUCCUCUUGAUUUUAAUGACAGAAAAUGAUGGCUCUAUUAACUAAAAAUAAACAAGGAAAUAUGCCUACACAAUAACAUGAAAUGUGAGGAAGUACAUUGAUUUUAUAUUAAAAUUGUAAUGUGUCAAUUUAAGAUUGCAACACUCCUACUGUAACUGCACUGCAUAUUGAGGAGUUCCUGCAAUUAGUUAUGUGUAACUUACUGCUAUUGAUAUUACUAAUAAUAAAUGCAAUAUAAGCUAUCACUUCAAUACAGAUUGCGUAUUUGAAGUCUACCUAAUGUCCAUGAAUUAUUUUAUAUAUAUUAUAUAUAAAGAUUUUUCUGCAUUCCCUUGGCCACAAUUCAGCACCAUCACUACAGUGUGAACAAAACCAUCUUUUUGUUGAAAAUUGGACAAAAAUUAUCACAUACAUGGCCAAUAAGUUGUUGUUCUUUUCCUUUCGGCUUGUCCCAUUAGGGGUCGCCACAACGUGCCAUCUUUUUCGAUCUAUUCCAGUCUACCCUCAUCCGUCAGCCUGUCCAUUACUACCGCAAACGGGAAGGGCCUGAGAGCGGAUCCCUGAUGCACUCCCACCUCCAC